AGUACGUAUCCGUCAGAUAACAAGUGCGAUUGGAUAUCUCUGGCUGUUUGCUUUCGAAGUGGUAUUUCAUUUGCAUUUCACAGCGCGAUCUGUGAUCUUGUCGAGCGCGGUCUAGUGAUCUGUCUUUGAGUCUGAAUGAAAAUCUCGCGUAGUAAAUACGCGGAUGGUCCAAUGUUGAGCUGUGAGCCGAUGCUGACCGCCUCUAGUCAUGGUGGGUAUUCUCUCGAUGAUCAAAGCUAAACAUUCCUGAUCGCUAAUUCUUGACGGCCGUUGCUGCGGUUGGAUUAGAUUUUCCGAAGGCGGAAAUGCGAGUGUGAGUUUACAGUUUCACUUGUUCUUGUGAACAUAGAACCCAGUUAGCAUAGUGAUAGUGGAGUUUAGUAUUACUUCCUAGAUUUUCAAGUGUCCAAACGUCAAAUGAAUGAAUUGAAGCGUUUUGUUCAUGGAAACACUAGGAAUGGUGAGCCCCUGAGAUUGUUACACUUCACGAACAACCGUACUUCUGUGAAACGUGGUUAAUUAGCAGUUAUUCGUAAAACCCGGUAAUAGAGUUGACCUUAUGCAAAACAAUGUAUCUGAAAUGAAAACAGAGAUUCUUAAUUCUCUUCGGAAAAAUAGUGAUAAUUGCAGUGUACAACUCAGUGUAGUGCGUUGAUGGCACUGAACCGAGGUUCAGAAAUUGGAUGCACUUUUAUUCCUAUCACAAUAAAUUAUGUCAUGGAUUAGCGGAAAAAUGGAUUUUCAUUACAAUGCACUAAUGGUGUCGGCAGUAGUAUGCAAGAUAUAUCCCGUGACGACUUUGGCCUUCUAAGCGGCAGCAGCAGUGGCGGAGUGGGCGUUGGUUGCGAUAAGGAUGUUCACUUAAGUCGGACAACAUCACCUAUACCUUCAACGCCACCACCUAUACCAGAUAGUGGUUAUCACAAUUGCACCGAUAUUGCACCUGUACCUGUUUCAUCGCCAUUCUCACCCAAUCUCGAUCGCGUGAACAUCAAAAUCGAAGAAUCAUGUUCGGAUCUCUACGAAAGCACUCCACCCCCAACAUGGCAUCAUCCACAUCACCACUCACAUCAUCCAGUGGAUAUUGGUUCAUCAAAGCUGUUACUUAAAAACUCAGAUGAUCCACUUAUAUCAUGUGGAGCUAAUAUAGUAGAAGGCGAUGAUGAUAAUCCGAAUGAGCUGAAUUCGAUAGUGGCUGCUGCAGCUGGAGUGGCAAAUCAACAGAACAUGUCGCCUGGUGAGAUUCACAGCCCUCUUUUGCCAACUCGAUCCCCGCAAUCCAAACGAAAUAAGAAUCCUGCGGGUUCGAGCUCGAGACCAAGACGGAAAGGGACAUUCAAACUAAGAUUCCAUCACCAAGCCUUACCCGCUGAGUACCUCAGCCACUAUGAAGCAUCCCUGAACCAACAGCAGAAUAAGACAAACAACAAUAACAACAAUACUACAAAUAACAAUUCUAAGAAGUACAACGAACAACAAAACAAUGCCAAGAUGCAAAGUAACAAUUCGCACGAAACUGUUCGGAGCUGGCUCCAACAGAUUUCGGAGACGCAAUCUGCAAACAAUCUUAACGAUAGUCGCGUUGAAGGUCAGAGCGAUGUGACAACACCUGCUAUGCCCCAACAAUCGCCAAAACGAAUGGUGAGCUAUUCGGACCUUCCAUAUAUGGGCGAAAUGACUUUAGAAAAUACUAAGCCAAGACGUGGGAGAAAGCCAAAAAAGGCCGAUAUUUGCCAUUUGAUCUUUAAAAACUAUGGAACGAUAUUUCCGGGCACGCCAAAAGAUAUCGUCGAAGAAGAAACUAAAGGCCUUCUUGAGAAGCGUCUUAAAGAGCAAAAUCAACAAACCGCGAAUCUUAAGCAGAGCAGCGAGCAGCCGUUGAAUUUAUGUCUUCGCGACCAGUCAACUGAUUCAUUCACAAUAUCCAGUGAAGAUGAGAAUUCAGAAGAUCUGAAUCAGUCAAAUCGGACGACACCAAUUACAACGCCAUCAGAUGCUGUAACUGAUGCUCUUUUGGCAGCAAAUUUGAAAAUGUCGCUCCCGAAUUUUCAGUCCGCAUUGCUUGAUAGAGCCCCAGAGGAUAUCCAAACUCCUUCAACGGGAGACAGUGAAAAGACAUCAUCUUCUGGCUAUGGAUAUUGGCCCAAUGCCGGAAAUGUUUUCAUCCAUCCAAUGGCAUUGUACUAUCAAAAAAUGAUGGAUGCUGGCUUCCAUCCUCCAGCGCCUCCACAAGCAUCACCUUCAGCAGUGAAGAAGACCGAAGGCGGUUCGCCGAAAAUAUUCCCGAAGCACUUAUCACAACUUAUUAAGAAAGAAAAGACUGAACCACCAGAGCCUUGUUCAACGCCUAGUUCUAUUAAGUCCACUAGUAGCUCCACAACCGCAACCACUGCUUCAGGUCACAAUCAUGGCUUGGUGCCUCCUCAGAAACGGAAACGGUCGGCCAUCUUCAUACCUCCCAUUCCUGCCGAGAACACUACAAACCCAGCCACAGAAGUAAGCAUUUGCAAGUUCAAAUUCACAGGAGGUGCCAAACCAAGUUUGCAGGAGAAAAAAAUGCUUUCCGUGGACUCCGACGGUAAUUAUCGUUACUAUAGUGGCACCGGGGACAAGUCAAUGCGUGGCUAUGAGUUCUUUCCUAGAGAGAGCCUCCAACAAUCCGGGCUUAUUCCGGGAGUGAAUAGUGCUGCUGCAUUUCUGAACGCUACAGGUGAGAAAAUAUCACAUGACUUGCCACCCCCGUCCAUGGGGCUGAGUAACGAGCUUCUUCAAUUGCCUGACUCCCCGCCGGGUGGUAUGAUAUUACCGACUCCACAGAGUAGUUUAUUGGGUCAAAGUAUGAAAAUGAGACAUAGUAGCAGUCACGGGUCGGGAGCAGGCUCUUCGUCCAGUCAACACGUGAAGGAGAAACGGAAAAGGAAGUCAAGAAGAUCUCUGCAACGGGAGAAGCUAGAACAAACUUUCAAGGAGAAAGGGUUUCUGAUUCAGACUCAGCAACUCGAAUCUGCUGAAGGUGCAACUUACUGUAAGUUUCGACAGCUGAGAAAAUUCACAAGGUACCUGUUCAGGAGCUGGAAGGAUCAUCUGCCUGGCGAAUUGCAACAUGCCAAUGCAGCCAAUACGGCGAUGAAUGCAGCACCGACUGGCAAACAGACGUCUGUUUUGCAGAAAAGUUUAGCGACUGCCAGUACAAGUGGGCAAUCAGGUGACAAACUGAGAAGGACAUGAGGUCCUUAUCGAUCUAGGAAGUGACUUGAUGAGUUUCGAUCUGCAUAGGAGGAAUGGAUAUUUUAAAACAGGAUAUUGAAGGAGAGAUGAAAUGAAUAUAGUUUUUAAGUCCGGAACUUAGCGCCAUUGACUCUGACUGAUAAUGUUAUGUAUGACAUUUUUGGAGGAAGUUUUUUGAUUAAGCUGUUUUGCUUUCCGGCCCUUAAUUUGAUUACGCUAUUGAUUUUUCAUCUUGAAAUGCUGAGGUGUGUAAAGUUGUUGUAUAUUUCGUUAAACCAAAGAUUGCAUCGAUGUUGAAUCAAAACGUUAUGCCAAUCGAUUGAUAUUUGCGCAUUUGAUCAGGGUCAGCAGUAAACUGCCAUUGUUGCUUCUGUGGUCCUUAGUGACAACAUUGAUGUGUUUUAUUGCUAAAUUUUAUAAUUAUUGUUGAUUUGAAAUCUGUUUCGAGAGGGAGGUAUCUAGUCAAUUUGUUUCUUUCAUUGUGCAACUUGCACUUUGUUGAGUCAAUUGUAUGAUGUGAGUAAUGUUAAAUUUGUUUUAGCUUUAAGACUGUUUCGAUAUUAAUAUAGUGAUAAUUGUUAUGGUUAAGGAAGGUUUGAAUGAAUGACUAAGAAUACGUUUUAUUUAUGAUGACAUAUUUGUAAUUUUAUAUUUAAUUUAAUAAGUGAAAGUUGAAAUAAAAUGUGGAUAUUUUAAGGAGAAGUAAUAUACAUA